AUGUUUGUGGCAAAGAUUUUAUUGAUCUGUGCAGCUGUUGCGCUGGUCAGCGGCAAUCCCCAAAUACUUGGCGCACCUCGCCAGCUAAGCGGAGCUGACUUGGAGCAAUCGAAGCGGACGCUGCAGGAGUCUCUCACGAAGCUGGCAGCUGGCGAAGGACCCAACUACCGCAUUUCGAAGAUUCUAUCGGCAAGCCACCAGGUGGUUGCUGGCUCCUUGGAUAGGUACACUGUGGAGCUGAUCGACAGCAACGGCCAGACGAAGGUGUGUGACGUCAAAAUCUGGAGCAGGACAUGGCUGCCCAAUGGCAUUGAGGUGACCUUUGAGUGCCCCAACGAGGAACCCUUGGUUAGGAAGCAUAGCCCCUAAGCGCCAGUUAUCCAAAAUAAAGAUUACAAAUUG